CGCGCUGUCAGUGUUGAUAGUGGUAGCGUUGGCAUUUCAUUAAAAAGAAUCCUUUCGUUUCCUGACUGUCUCGUUAUCCUAGGGGUGUGUUUACCAGCAUAUCAGAGUCGAGACAAAAUUCGAUUUUUUUUUUCGCGUUAUUGUUACCAAACAUAGCAAGUGUAGCUAGUGAAUUUGAUAAUAAAAAUGCAUAAAAAUAAAGAUAAAUUUAAGAUGGAUUAUUCGUCGUUCACGACGGAAGUGUCGAAGCGACGACGGUCGGCGACAACCAGGGAAUUAACGAAAAUAGCUUAUUCCGCGCCGAAAAAUGUGGUCUCACUGGCGGAGGGUAUGCCGAACGAGGAGACGUUCCCAUUCACAGAAAUCUCCAUCAAACUUAACGAUGGAUCGUCUUUCACCCUCGACGACAGAGAAUUGGGUGCUGCUUUGCAGUAUAUUCCCACCCAAGGUUACCCUCCACUUCUUCAAAGCCUGAGGGAGUUUCAGAGAAGGGCACACGCACCACCCUUAUGGGAGAGCCGCGACAUCGUGGUCGUCUCCGGAUCUCAGGACGGAUUAAGCAAAACUCUCGAGGCCAUAAUCGGUCCUGGAGAGCCGCUUUUAGUGCAUGAUCCUUUUUACCCAGGCGUGGAAGUUGUGGUAACGCCUCACAAGGCAGAGCUGAUACCAAUCCCCCAAGAUGAAUACGGUUUGGUACCAGAGAUUUUGAGGGAGACAUUGAAGAACAGAGAACUCUCUGGCAAGAAAAUGCCGAAAAUAAUGUACAUAAAUCCCACGGGCUCGAAUCCCACGGGAGUCGUUAUCCCCCUGGAAAGGCGGAAGGAGAUCUACAGGAUAGCCUGCGAGUACAACUUUCUGAUUCUCGACGAUGAUCCUUACCAUUUUAUGCAUUUCGAUGAUGUGGAACCGAAGUCAUUCUUAUCGCUGGACACGGAAGGCCGAGUAAUCAGGCUGGAUUCCUUCUCCAAAAUAAUCAGCAGUGGUAUCAGAUUGGGAUUCAUAACAGCAGCAGCUCCGCUGAUAGCUAGCAUAGAGCUACAUUUGCAGAGCAGCCAUCUGCACGCCCCUACGUUAUCGCAGGUGAUACUGUACAAGCUAAUGAAGGUAUGGGGAUACGACGGACUAAUGAAUCAUUUCAUGGGGAUAAGGUGCUUCUAUAAGCAACGCAGGGACGUUAUCGCCGCAUUGGCUGAAAAACAUUUGAGAGGUCUAGUAGACUUCUCAAUACCAAUGGGAGGGUUCUUCCUCUGGAUCAAGGUCCGAGGUAUCAAAGAUACCUGGAAGAUGAUCAUGCAGAGAGGAGUCACAGAGGGUGUCAUAAUGGCACCUGGAGCAGCCUUCAUGAAAGAUCCUAGCAAACCUUGCAACGCUAUCAGAGCGAGUUUCGCGAAAGCUUCUUACGAAGAAAUGGAUCUGGCGUUGGAGAGGUUGGCAUAUCUAAUCAAAUCUGAGUUAUGUAAUAAUUAUUCAAUAAUGAAUGGGAAUUAGCAGUGUUAGUUUCGUAGUUUAGUAGUAUUAGUAUAUCUUUUGAAGUGGUAUACCUCGUACCUGUGGUUAUUUCUGUUACCAACGUUUAGUAACAAAAAUUCUAUGACGAUGAUGCACACUGCAGUACCGUGCGUUAGUAAGAACGGUACCAGUAUCAUCAAAUGAAGAGAAUUCAUCGAUGAAUAGUAAUAUAGAAAAUUACUAUCGAUGCAUUGAAAAAUUCUCUGGAAAUAUUUCUUGCGCUUUUUGUUAGAUGACUGUAAAGUCACAAAUUUCCGAAUUGCUUUAAUAUUUAUAAUUGUAUAAUAAUUAUUUUUUUUUGUACCAUUCGAAUCAUUUCAUUCAAUUGACUUCAUAAUUUCAUCAAAUCAUUGUUUCAUCUCCUUUAUUUUAUUUAAUGUAAUUCACAUUUGUUUAAUGGUCAAUGUAAAUUUUGUAUGUACUUAAUUCUUGUACAAAUUCGUUUUUAUCGCGUGUAUUUAUCAAAAAAUCGGCCAAGUUUUUGUAAAUAAAAUUGCGUUAUUAUA